AUGUCGAGACAAUAUCUCGCGUGGGGCGCCGCGGAGAAAGCGCACCCCGCCGACAUUUUCUCAGUGGCAGUGGGAGACAAGCAGGUUCUGACCGCUUCUGGUGGCCCCUCGAUCAAGGUGCACUCAACCGUAGACACGGAAUUUCCCCUGGUCCAGUCUUUUGAGGCUCACAAGGUGGGCUGCCACCAUGUGGUGACCGAUGCCUCGGGUAAACACGCCGUGACUACUGGAUUCGGAGGUGAAUCUAAGGUCUGGUACUGCGAGGACGGCCAUUGGUCGGAAGACCUUCCAUUUUCAGCCUUGCUAGCCAAUGAAAACUUGUGGGCUUCGGUAUUUUCUCUCGAUGCUCAGCUUUUGGCUGGAAUUACCCCCGAAGGCCGCAUUGGCUUGUGGCAUAUGCCUUCUUCUAACAAGGCGCGAGACUAUGAGACCAAUGGCAAUGUUGGUACUUGCAUUGAUAUGUCUCCCGAUCAAAAGCUCAUUGCCAGCGGAUACGCCAAUGGUGCUGUAUGCAUCAUAAAGACUGAAGAUGGUCGUAUGCCGUUUUCUCUUGCAGGUCUCGUGAAGCCUGUUCGUACCGUAGCCUUUUCCCCAGGUGGUCGACUCUUGGCUGCUGCUGGAGACGCUGGAGUCAUCGUACUUUACGACACCACAUCUGGUGAACAGAUUGCUACUCUGUUGGGCAAUACCGCGUGGGUCAUGUCUCUUUCAUGGAGUGAUAGCGGAGAGAAUCUUCUUAGCAGCUCAUUUGAUGGCAAAUUAAAGGUCUGGAAUGUUGAAACCAAGACCUGUGUUGCAACAAACUCGAUAAACUCCAAGGCAAUCUGGAGCGCGAAAUGGCUGCCCAAGAGCAUCAGAGACAACGCAUUUGUGGCUGCAGGCGCACACCGGAGUGUUGCAUUCUAUCGCGAAGCCACUGGGGCUUAG